AUGUCUUCAAAGCAUGCGCGGAAAGCGAACCCAUACUUGGAUAUCGAGGCUAUCGUCGACAACAAGGAGGAGGAGGAGGAGGAGGAAGAAGAAGAAGAGGAGGAGGAACUGGCCGAGUUGCUCGCCGACGUCCAACGCACUCAACAAGCUCGGGCGCAUCUUGAUAAUGCAUGUGUCGGCGACAAUGCUGCUGACGCAGAAGCCAUGGCCCGGUCUAUUACGGAGAGAGACAUGGCGGCUAGACGUGCACAGCGGGCCUCGCAGUCGGGUGGCGCAGUCGUCUCUCUUGCCCCCGAUGGAAUCCACCUUCAAGCCACGGAAAAUGGUUUCCUCUCUCCUUGGGUGUGCAUCUCGCGUGGUACAUAUAAGCACGAUGUGGCCUUCGUGGAGUCGCGAGAGGACUCUCUCCUCCACGUCUGGGUGGUUCCGCGCUUGCCUACUACAAAAAAGCGGCAGCACGGAAGAACUUCUCAGCAACCAAUGCCGCCAGCAUUACUGAAGGAGUUGUUCAGAGAGGCUGUGACAGAAAGUGAAGGUGAUCGGCUGAUACAUAUUCUCAAGGGCAAGAAGUUCAAAGGCGGCCUCCUGCAGCUCGAACUCACUUUGGACCGGGUGACUUUCGAUGUCCACGCGACUCGAAACGACGUAUUCGUCUUUAAUGCGGCGAAAUUCGUGCCAAAGACAGCGAUAGCGAAGCUCAUUCUAUUCUGUGUUGACUUCGAACCGGCUGCAGGCACGCAUGUGAUCGUUAUACAGGGCGAGCAAUGCAGCCUCAUUGGUGUCGUGCAUUCAGUCAUUAAUGGACAGGCUACGCUAACCAAUCUCUACCACGAGAAGUUGGAUGAUGAACUUUCGUCUCUCGUGCUACCUGUAACUCAGUUACACCCCCUUUGGGCAGUUGGCGAUGCGGUCAAAGUUAAGACGGGCCUCCAUGCGGGCUUGGAAGGGCAAGUGAUUGCCAUGGAUGAUUUCGAUGUCACAAUUGUUCACAUGAACAAAGUCGAGCGGAACUUUCCUCAGCAUCGAACUAGAAACCCAAUAACAGGAGUCUUUCAUACUUCUUCUGUGUUGGAAACCUCUGAGCAUCAUGUGUUACCCUGGGAUCUCUUACUCACAGAGUCCAAGGCGGAAUGGACCUCGAUACAGCCGUCGGUGACAGUAUCAAGGCCGGGAGAGCAGCGCCCCUCACGCUCUGAGACGCAAACAGAGGAAGAGGUGGAGAUGGAGCUUGCCCUCAAGCAUCCUGACCGACGGAAUCCCGACAUCGGGCGAGCGGUGCGUGUCAUCAAAGGCCCUUUGAAGGGAUUUGUGGGCACAUUGCGAAACGUCACGUACCACGGCGAUUACGAGGUUGAGCUUGAAGCCAAGCUUUUAACCUCGAGGGGCGUCCUCUUGUUCCAAAAGCCCGAGAUCGCAUUCCGGUCAGAAGAAAGGGGCAACAUCGACACGGCGGAGCGUGGUCUGCUCCCUGAGCAGCCUCGGACCCCAUUGGGCCACGAAUUAGAACCCACGUCACACAACACAGAUUCAGCGUGGGCGUAUUCGGUGGAACUUGAUGGACCCGAUGGAUCGAUGUCUUCAGUCGAACCUAAUGGACCCAAUGGAUGGAUGCUGGAUGCGGCUGUGGCACCUGCGUUCCAUACUUAUCGCUUCAAGUUCAUGUGCACAGCCGGUCAACUCCGAGACAAGCUGAUGACCACGGUGAAGGGAGCCUCCCCAGUGAACGGCAAGGUGCGAUGCGAAUACCGGAUGCGAAAGCUGGAAUAUGCCGAUGUCUCUCUCCAAGACCUCGCCAUAUUGUGA